AAAGCAGAGUACAUAUUAAUUAAGGUAUAUAGUUACAAAUUAGAUGACGGAAGUUAGCGUAUUAAUUAAGGUGUAUAGUUACGAAUUACACAGGGAUGUUUUGAAUCUAUGACCAAAAGAGGAAACAAUAUAUAUUAUAUUUGUGUUUGUAUACUUCUGUGAACAACGAGUAUCAAUGAACAAAAUGCGAGAUGGACACAGUAUGGUCGAUAUGAUUAUGGUAUACGAGAUUCCAGACCCAUCCACUCUGAAAGAUGAUGAUGAAAUAGAAGAAGAAGAUAAAAAAAACAAAAUCCGCGAGUUCUACAUCGACGGUUUGAAGGCUAAAGGUCUUCUUAUAGAGAUUGACCAAUUACAAAAAGAGAAAAACGCUGAGGACACAAAUGACAACGACAAGAAGCCAAAGACGUUUUUUGUCAAAAUUCAUGCACCUUGGGACGUAUUGACCAAAAUGGCCGAAGAGAUGUUUCUGCGCAUGCCCUUGCAAAAAUCGGACAUAAAAAUUCCAUCGACACUUGAAACCGUGUUUGGCGAGCAGUUUGUGGCAAAAUUCAACAAUGCAAAUCCUUUAGAAUACGAUAGACAUAUUACACCAGACGACAUUAUGUAUUUCACGGCGUACUUUACAAAGGAGCAUGAGGCCGAGUUUGUGGGCAUUGAUAACCAUGAUACAUUUUUACUCCCACCGACCGUGUCGCAUGGUCGAAAGAAUCAUGGGACAGACGCCAUUCGAGCCCUCGAGGACUUGAACAAGGUUGUCGGUAUUGCUAAUUUGAAGUUCACCAACGCGUUCAAGGGAAUUUAUCCAUUGCACGACGGACCGUGUGAGGUCUCAGAGGGUGGUAAGCCAGAAAAUCAACGCCAGCGAUUGCGGUGGGAGUGGGCUCGCUUUAGAAAAUGGUACAAGUAUCAGCCGCUUGACUCGAUUAAAGAUUACCUUGGAACAUCUAUUGCACUGUACUUUGCCUGGCAUGGUUUCUAUUGCACAAUGUUAGCACCUGUUGCCUGUCUUGGCUUCAUAGCGUUCCUUUACGGUGUUGACGACUCUUACAGCUCCCCUCCGGUGAAGGAUGUUUGUGACAGUAUCAAGACCGAUUACGUAAUGUGUCCACUUUGCGAUAAACAAUGUUGGUACUGGUAUCUAAAAGAUUCCUGUACGUACAUGCGCGUGGCUCAUUUCUUCGACAACAACUUCACCAUUGCCUUUGCCUUUAUUAUGUCUAUAUGGUCAACGCUCUUUCUAGAGCUUUGGAAACGUCUACAGGCGACCCUUUCUUAUAAAUGGCAUACGCCUGAUUUUGAAGAGGUGGAGGAACAAGUCAGACCAGAGUAUGCGGCGGUCGUUACAACACUUCGUGAAAACCCGGUCACUAAUCGUAUGGAGCCGUACACACCGAGGACGACCAUCUUCAGGAAGUACGCAGGUGUUAUCAGCAUCGUUGCUUUCAUGAUUACUCUAGUUAUAUCUGUUGUGAUCGGUGUUGUUCUAUAUCGAACGGCUGUUUAUGCGUCUGCUGCAAAGAAUUCAGAUGAAAGUAUUCGCAAAAACGCCAAAGUCCUCACGUCCAUGACGGCGGCUGUCCUUAAUCUCAUCUUCAUUAAUAUCCUCAAGUUUUUGUAUCAGUACGUUGCAUAUUGGCUUACAAACUGGCAGAAUCCGCGUACUCAGACGGACUGGGACGACAGCUACACGGUGAAAAUGUACAUCUACCAAUUUGUGAACGUGUACUCUUCUCUGUUCUACAUUGCUUUCUUCAAGAUCAACCUGUUUGUGGGCACUCCGGACAUUACUUCCGACCUUUUGGUGUGA